CCUCAUUUUUCAAAUGUGAAGAAGAAGUACUCUCCUUCCUCUUGAUUUAGAGACUAACAACAUGUUCUUCCCACGACGUCUUACUUCUUCAGUUAUUGUAUUAAUUUUCUUGGUGACUUUUGCAUCCGGAGCGACUCUUCCAACGGAUGAAGUAGAAUCGUUGAAAGAAAUAGCAAAAACGCUUGGAAAGACGGAUUGGAAUUUCAGUGUAGAUCCAUGCAGUGGAGAAUUGGGUUGGGCCAACCCAAAUCCAGUAACAGGUUUUGAGAAUGCUGUCACCUGUAAUUGCUCCUUCUCCAAUGCCACCCUCUGCCAUGUUGUUAGCAUAGUUCUGAAAGCGCAGAAUCUUCCAGGCAAAUUACCCCCUGAAUUGGUGAGAUUCCCUUAUCUCCAAGAAAUUGAUCUUACCCGUAACUACCUUAACGGUACUAUUCCUCCAGAAUGGGGUUCCAUGCAACUAGUGAACAUCUCUCUACUUGGAAACGGAUUAACGGGUUUGAUCCCAAAAGAAUUUGGAAACAUCACCACACUCAAAAGCUUGGUUCUCGAGUUCAAUCAGUUUUCUGGAGGCAUUCCUUCAGAGCUUGGGAGUCUUCCUCUCAUAGAGAGAAUGCUUCUAAGCUCAAACAAUUUUACCGGGGAGUUGCCGGGAACACUUGCAAACCUUACCACUUUGAAGGACUUUAGGAUUACCGACAACAACUUUACAGGAAAGAUACCCAAUUUCAUCCAAAACUGGACAAAUCUGCAAAAAUUGGUGAUUCAGGCUAGUGGCUUGGACGGGCCAAUUCCUGCUGGAAUUUUUCUCUUGGAAAAAUUGUCUGACUUGAGAUUCAGUGACUUAACUGGAAGUGCAGCAGGUUUUCCACCUCUUAGUAAUAUGAAAAACCUGAAGACACUGAUAUUAAGGAGCUGCAAUAUUAUGGGACAGAUACCUGAUUAUCUUGGAGCAAUGACAAAUUUGAAAACCUUAGACCUCAGCUUUAACAAAUUAAGUGGAGAAAUUCCAAGCAGCUUUGUUUCCCUAUCAAACACAGAUUACAUUUAUUUAACCGGGAACUUGCUAAAUGGAUCCAUGCCUGAUUGGAUGCUAAAAGAUGGGGACAACAUUGAUCUUUCAUACAACAACUUUACAAAUGAACAAUCAGGACCUUCAAUAUGUCAACCACGGAAACUAAACUUGUUCAGCAGCUCUUCAGCAGGCAAUACAUCUGGAAUUGUUUCAUGCUUGAGAAGUGUUCGUUGUCCACAGAUUCUAUACUCUUCUUUCCAUAUAAAUUGUGGUGGAAGAGAAGUAACUGUCAAUAAAAAUACUAUAUAUGAAGAUGAUACAGAUUCAGGUGGACCAUCAAGGUUCUUCCAGAGCAGAACUAACUGGGCAUUUAGCAGCACUGGUCACUUCUUGGACGAUGACCGCCCCAGAGACUCAUUUAUUUGGACAAAUGCCUCUACACUCUCUGUGAACAAUUCCGAGUUGUACAUGCAAGCAAGACUUUCACCCCUCUCCCUGACUUACUACGGAUUCUGUCUGCAAAAUGGAAACUACACAGUAAGGCUUCACUUUGCAGAGAUCAUGUUUACUGAUGACAAAACAUAUAACAGCCUUGGAAGGCGCAUAUUCGACAUUUACGUUCAGGGAAAGCUGGUGCUGAAGGAUUUCAAUAUUGAAGAUGAAGCAGGUGGUGUUGGUAAGGAAAUUGUAAGAAAAUUUACUGCAGUAGUCACCAAUGGUACGCUGGAAAUCCGCUUCUAUUGGGCCGGAAAAGGGACAACAGGUAUCCCUGUUAGAGGUGUAUAUGGUCCUCUGAUUUCAGCUAUUUCUGCAGAACCUGAUUUUGUUCCAUUAUCAGAACAUGGAAAAAGUAUAUCAGCAGGUGCUGUGGCUGGAAUUGUGGUUGCAGUUGCAUUCAUUACCUUCCUGGUUCUGGGAAUCCUUUGGUGGAAAGGCUGCCUGCGACUAAAUGAUACUACGAAUGAAGAUCUGAAGGGUCUCGACCUACAGACUGGUUCAUUUACCUUAAGACAAAUAAAAGCUGCCACAAACAAUUUUGAUGCUGCUAAUAAGAUUGGAGAGGGUGGUUUUGGCUCUGUUUACAAGGGACUUUUAUCAGACGGCAGUAUAAUUGCUGUGAAGCAGCUCUCCUCCAAAUCGAAGCAAGGAAACCGUGAAUUUGUGAAUGAAAUAGGCAUGAUUUCUGCAUUGCAGCACCCUCAUCUUGUAAAGCUCUACGGGUGUUGUAUUGAAGGAAAUCAAUUGUUGCUAGUAUAUGAGUACAUGGAAAAUAACUGUCUUGCUCGUGCUUUAUUCGGCCCAGAAGAAUGCAAGUUGAAAUUGGAUUGGCCAACUAGGCAAAUGAUUUGCAUUGGUAUAGCUAGAGGUUUGGCUUAUCUCCAUGAAGAAUCAAGACUAAAGAUUGUCCAUAGAGAUAUCAAGGCCACAAACGUGCUGCUUGAUAAGGAUCUUAACCCUAAGAUAUCUGAUUUUGGCCUGGCCAAACUUGAUGAAGAGGACAAUACCCACAUAAGCACUCGGAUUGCUGGAACUUAUGGAUAUAUGGCACCUGAAUAUGCAAUGCGGGGUUACUUGACUGACAAAGCAGAUGUUUAUAGUUUUGGAAUUGUUGCGUUGGAAAUUGUCAGUGGGAGGAGUAACACCAGCUACCGGCCAAGGGAGGAAUGCUUUUACCUUCUUGAUUGGGCAUGUCAAUUGAAGGAGAAGGGUUAUCUGCUGGAGCUAGUCGAUCCGAGGUUGGGACCAGACUUCAACAAAGAAGAGGUGAUGGGGAUGAUUAAAAUAGCUCUGCUGUGUGCUGAUGUCUCACCAGCAGUCAGACCUAGCAUGUCUUCAGUGGUCAGCAUGCUUGAAGGUAAAGCAAUUGUUCAGGAGUUGGCUCCAAGUACUCUGAAUGGCGACAUGAAGGUCAAGGAAAUGAAAGAUAUGUACCAACACAGUCAUGAAAUUUACAUGAGUGAAAGCCAGACCCAAAGUAUGUCAGUUGACGGGCCGUGGACUACCUCUUCUACAUCUACAGCUGAUCUCUAUCCGAUCAAUCCGAAUUCUGAUUAUUGGGCAAACAGAAAUUAGAUAAAUGGUACGUGUGUUGACUGGGUUAUCUGUCUUGUUUAUCCUUGCAAAUGCAUGGUACAAAUUUCCUCCUUAUUAUUUUUUUUUUUUCAAAUACCUUACGCCAUGAAAGCAUAAAUGCUUCUGAAACUUAUGUAUAAAAAAUUCCAUAGCAAAAAAGCGUACGUUUUUCUCUUUUAAGUGUUUGAAUUCCAUUAGCGAAUCAGAGAAUGGUAUUUUCUUUUGGAUGCUUUG